GAAAGAAAGAAAGAAAGAAAGAAAGAAAGAAAGAAAGAAAGAAAGAAAGAAAGGAUUUUGUAUUGGUAGAGUAAAUUAUGUGUCACCUGGAAGCGGUGAAUUUUUUUAUGUGCGAUGCCUUAUGAAUGUGGUUCGUGGAGCCACAUGUUAUGAAGAUCUUAAAAAGUUGGAUGGUCUGCAAUAUCUGACUUACCGUGACGCAUGUUAUGCUCGGGGGUUACUUGACGAUGAUAGGGAAUACAUAGAUGCAAUUGACGAGUCAAGUCACUCAGCUUCUGCGCAUUUACUCAGAUAUCUAUUUGCAACAACCUUAACAUCCGGUUGUGCAUCGCGUCCGGAACACAUUUGGGAAAAAUGUUGGAUAUUUUUUUCAUACGACAUUCUAUAUAGACAACGUCGUUUGAUGCAAUACCCAGAUUUGACACUGACGGAUGAAGAGAUAAAAAAUCUCACAAUUAUUGAGAUCAAGCAUUUGUUGCAAAAUUAUGGAAGAAGUUUGAGGGAUUAUCAUCCGAUGCCAUUUCCACGUGGUCAUCUCACUCCCAGAACAAUCAAUAGGCUAAUGGCUGAAGAGUUACGAUACAACAAAGAAGAAAUGAAAAACCUUCAUGAUAGCCUUAUCAGCAAACUAAC